UUUGCCCUCUCGUUCGUCCUCAGUGCAGGAUAACGAUAAAACGUCCCAGCUCUGUUGCCUUUUAUCACAUAAAACAGCUAAGUUACACAAAACAGCUUGAAGACUCGGCCUGGCAGAACUUUAUACGGUGUUCAGAGACUCAUAGCGCCGGAGGAAGACUCUACGUUUGGACCAUCAACUAUGGAUGCCAUCAUUCGCUGUCCAUUCCUGUCCCGUGUCCCCCAGACUUUCCUGCAGCAGGCAAGAAAGUCCUUGGUGAGUUAUGCGGUGAAAUGCCCCGUCAUGAUGGACCUUGCCUCAAGGCCCCUGGUUCGUGCUGUCUGCUCAUCCUCUGCCAGCUUCCAGAAGGCCCAGGAUACAGUCAACACCCCUGAGGAACCAAAAGAGGCUCCCAAAAUGCCAGCUGGUCAUCCCAAGCCUCCAGCAGGCCAGGCAGCAGCCUCCAAAUGCCCCUUCCUGGCUGCAGAGAUGGGACAGAACAGCAACGUGGUAAGGCAGGCCAGCCUGGAGUUACAGGAGGACGUUUCUGAGGUCCGCACUGUGCGCAAAGAUGUGCCUGCUUCAGAGCUCAAUCCUCUGGUGAAGAACACUAAGACUGAUGGAAACCUGAUGAAGAAGCUGAUAAAGCAGCGUCCCACUAUGGUCUCUCAUUUGCUGCAGGAGAAUAUGCCUAAAUCCAUCUCCAACUUUCGCUAUGAUGAGUUUUUUGAGAAGAAAAUUGAUGAGAAGAGGAAUGACCACACCUACCGCGUGUUCAAGACUGUGAACCGCCGUGCGACUGAAUUCCCAAUGGCAGAUGAUUAUUCUGAGUCCCUAGUCUCCAAGAGAGAUGUUUCUGUGUGGUGUAGCAACGACUAUCUCGGCAUGAGUCGCCAUCCACGUGUGGUCCAAUCGGUGAUGGAUACUUUACGAAGGCAUGGCUCUGGGGCAGGAGGGACUCGAAACAUAUCAGGGACAAGCAAGUUCCACGUGGCCCUGGAGCAUGAGCUUGCGGAUCUUCAUGGGAAGGAUGCAGCGUUACUCUUCACCUCCUGCUUUGUGGCCAAUGAUUCCACACUUUUUACGCUGGCCAAGAUGCUGCCAGGAUGUGAGAUUUACUCAGAUGCUGGCAACCAUGCGUCAAUGAUACAAGGUAUCAGGAACAGUGGUGCCAAGAAGUUCAUCUUCCGUCACAAUGACGUCAACCACUUGCGUGAACUUCUGGAGAAAUCUGAUCCUUCAACUCCAAAGAUUGUGGCCUUUGAGACGGUGCAUUCAAUGGACGGUGCUGUGUGCCCACUUGAGGAGAUGUGUGACGUGGCCCAUGAGUUUGGCGCCAUCACUUUCGUGGAUGAAGUUCACGCUGUGGGCUUGUAUGGCGCUAGAGGAGGUGGCAUCGGAGAUCGCGACAGCGUCAUGCAUAAAAUGGACAUCAUCUCUGGGACACUUGGAAAGGCUUUUGGUUGUGUUGGAGGCUACAUCGCCAGCACCGGUGCCUUGGUGGACACUGUACGCUCAUAUGCUGCCGGCUUCAUUUUCACUACUUCCCUCCCGCCCAUGCUGCUUGCUGGCGCCCGUGAAUCCAUCCAGGUCCUGAAAAGCGAGGAAGGCCGCAUGCUCCGCCGCAAGCACCAGCGCAACGUCAAGCUGCUGCGUCAGAUGCUCAUGGACUCCGGCCUGCCUGUGGUGCAUUGCCCCAGUCACAUCAUUCCUGUCAGGGUGGCGAAUGCAGAAAAGAACACAGAGAUAUGUGAUAUUAUGAUGAAUCGUCACAACAUCUACGUCCAGGCUAUUAACUACCCCACUGUUGCCCGUGGCGAGGAACUCCUUCGAAUCGCCCCUACACCACACCACACCCCGCAGAUGAUGAAAUAUUUCGUUGAUAAGCUACUGCAGACUUGGAAGGAGGUGGGUCUGGAGCUGAGACCUCACUCGUCAGCUGAGUGCAACUUCUGCCAGCAGCCGCUGCACUUUGAGCUGAUGAGCGAGCGCGAGAAGUCUUACUUCAGCGGCCUCAGCCAUCCCAUAUCAGCCUGCGGCUAA